AUGCGUGCACCUGUGCAUUCUGGCCUCCUUUGUGUUGACCACAGCGCCUGGUGUUUCAUCUACCUGCAGGCCCUGGACCACCGCUGCAACAGCCACAGCAGCAAGGCCAACUUCGAGAAGACGCACCGGGCACAAGCUACCGGGGAUGCCAAGGUUGGGCUGCACUGGUUCCACGCGCUGCUGCGCAACGUCCUCUGCCACGGCUAUAUCUCGGAGCAGCGGCAGACCCUGCAGGCCUACCCGCCGCAGCUGGCCACGCUCCACAGCAGUGGCCGUGUCGGCAAGGUGCUGACCAAAACGUACGACAGCCCACCGCCCGCACGCAGCAAGGCCCUGGUCGUGUCGGCUGCAGCAUCACCCAGGGCGCAGUUGCAGCCGCCUGGCGCAGGGCCCGCCGUGCACCCCAUUGUUUCGCUGCAUUUGGGCAAGUGGCUGGGGUGUGCCUCUGGCGCUGCCGUCAUUCCGCGGCGUUACGUGGUGUAG